GUCCGCUAAUGGCGCAGGCGAUUAUCUGCGCGGCCGCCGGUGUUGUGUGUCCCGCGGGCAGGGCCCGAGUUACAAGCGCCAGGAAGCCAGACGGUGUUUAGAGACGGGGGGCGGCGGGGGAGGCCGGUCCGGACAGGCCAAGAUGACGCCCAGCCCCACGUUGUUGCUGCUGCUGCCCCCGCUGCUGCUGGGGGCCCUCCCGCCGGCCGCCGCCGCCCGAGGUCCCCCGAGGAUGGCGGACAAGGUGGUUCCAAGGCAGGUGGCCCGGCUGGGUCGCACCGUGCGGCUGCAGUGCCCUGUGGAGGGCGACCCGCCGCCACUAACCAUGUGGACCAAGGAUGGCCGCACAAUCCAUGGCGGCUGGAGCCGCUUCCGUGUGCUGCCCCAGGGCCUGAAGGUGAAGGAGGUGGAGCGGGAAGACGCCGGCGCCUACGUGUGCAAGGCUACCAAUGGCUUUGGCAGCCUCAGCGUCAACUACACCCUCAUCGUGAUGGAUGACCCUGGUGCAGGAAGGGAGCGCCUGGGGCAGGACGGCUCCUCCGGGGGCCAGGAGGACGCAGCCAGCAAGCAGUGGGCGCGGCCCCGCUUCACACAGCCCUCCAAAAUGAGGCGCCGGGUGAUCGCCCGGCCAGUGGGCAGCUCCGUGCGGCUCAAGUGCGUGGCCAGUGGGCACCCGCGGCCCGACAUCAUGUGGAUGAAGGACGACCAGGCCUUGACAGGCUUGGAGGCCGGGGAGCACAGGAAGAAGAAGUGGACCCUGAGCCUGAAGAACCUGCGUCCCGAGGACAGUGGCAAGUACACGUGUCGCGUGUCCAACCGCGCAGGCGCCAUCAACGCAACCUACAAGGUGGACGUGAUCCAGCGGACACGCUCCAAGCCCGUCCUCACGGGCACGCACCCCGUGAACACGACCGUGGACUUUGGGGGCACCACGUCCUUUCAGUGCAAAGUGCGCAGUGAUGUGAAGCCAGUGAUCCAGUGGCUGAAGCGCGUGGAAUACGGCACCGAGGGCCGCUACAACUCCACCAUCGACGUGGGCGGCCAGAAGUUCGUGGUGCUGCCCACCGGCGAUGUGUGGUCGAGGCCCGACGGCUCCUACCUCAACAAGCUGCUCAUCACCCGCGCGCGCCAGGACGACGCCGGCAUGUACAUCUGCCUGGGGGCCAACACCAUGGGCUACAGUUUCCGCAGCGCUUUCCUCACCGUGCUGCCAGACCCCAAGCCUCCAGGCCCACCCGUGGCCCCCUCGUCCUCGACCACUAGCUUGCCGUGGCCCGUGGUCAUCGGCAUCCCGGCCGGUGCCGUCUUCAUCCUUGGCACCGUGCUCCUGUGGCUCUGCCAGGCCAAGAAGAAGCCGUGUGCACCUGGGCCCGCCCCCCCCAUGCCUGCGCACCGCCCGCCCGUGGCCUCCCGCGACCGUGGCGGGGACAAGGACCUUCCCGUGCCAGCCAGCCUCAGCACCGCCCCUGGCCUGGGGCUGUGUGAGGAGCUUGGGCCUCCGGCAGCUCCCCAGCACCUGCUGGGCCCGGGCCCAUCUGCUGGGCCCAGACUUUACCCCAAACUCUACACAGAUGUGCACACGCACACGCACACACACACACACUCACACACACACUCUCACGUGGAGGGCAAGAUCCACCAGCACCAGCACAUCCACUACCAGUGCUAG